AUGGAUGUUCGAAUGCAAAAUCAUAUUUGUGUUCAGUAUUCUCGAUGCUGUUCAAAUCCAAUUUGUUACGCGUUGUCGAUGAUCAGCGAAAAUCUUUAUCCACCUUUAACAAUUGUUGCAAAUGAAACAGCAGCAAUUAUUUCAACUGAUACAAUAACGAUUCAGUUGCGGAAGACGACGACGCCGAAAGCAAAAGAUAAAUAUAGAUUUCUUUAUGUGUCUCGCGAUGUGAAGAAUGAAGUGAGAAGAUGGAAAAUUGGAGAAGAACAAUUUGAUAAAGAAGGAACAUUAGUGGCUGGUGGAAAUGGAAAAGGAAAGAAUCUGAAUCAAUUGAAUUGGCCUCGUGGAGGUCUUAUGGAUGAUUUGGGUCGAGUUUAUGUUGCAGAUGGUUGA